UUUUCUUUUUAGCUCAUAUAAAUUGGACUUGUCAUAUUCUAUUACAACCAUCAAAUCUAAAAGAGAACAGAAAUGGCAAUCACCGAGUCCCUCUUGCCGGUCACUUCCGAACAAGAUCCAUUAUCCGAUUCAAGAUCUGAUCCGAUCCCGGAGACCCGCCGGAGAAGACCCAUCAAAAUCCAUCUCGCCGUCUUUUCCGGUUUUCUGUUGAUCGCUUUGUACGUUGCUCUCAUCGUGACACACGACGGAUCCGUCAGCAAAAAUGGCGCCAAUGAAGAUGGAACCGUGGUGGAGUCACGUGCUCGUUUGGCAGGAGUGUCGGAAAAGAGAAACGAACGGAUUUGGAGGUUUUCCGAUGAUCAGAAAACGGUAGCGUUUGCGUGGAACAAUACUAUGUUGUCGUGGCAACGAACGGCGUUUCAUUUCCAGCCUGAGAAAAAUUGGAUGAAUGAUCCUAAUGGGCCAUUGUUCUAUAAGGGAUGGUACCAUUUCUUCUAUCAAUACAACCCAAAUGCAGCCGUGUGGGGUGACAUUGUUUGGGGCCACGCCGUCUCAAAGGAUCUUAUCCACUGGCUUUACCUUCCAUUUGCUAUGGUUCCUGACCAAUGGUAUGACGCUAAUGGUGUUUGGACCGGUUCAGCUACAUUCCUCGAUGAUGGCUCCAUUGUCAUGCUCUACACCGGUUCCACCGACAAAUUCGUGCAGGUCCAAAACCUUGCCUAUCCUGAAGACCCCAAAGAUCCACUUUUGUUGAAAUGGACCAAGUUCUCCGGCAACCCGGUUCUUGUGCCGCCUCCAGGUAUCGGCACAAAGGACUUCCGUGACCCAACCACGGCGUGGAAGACAUCUGCCGGAAAAUGGCGGAUCACAAUAGGUUCAAAAAUCAACAGAACCGGAAUAUCUCUUGUUUACGACACUACUGAUUUCAAAACCUACGAGAAGCACGAUACCUUGUUGCACCAAGUCCCAAACACCGGAAUGUGGGAGUGCGUUGACUUUUAUCCGGUGUCGAAGACUAAAGCCAACGGUCUUGACACUUCGGUCAAUGGACCAGAUGUGAAGCAUAUCGUGAAGGCUAGCAUGGACGAUACUAGAAUUGACCAUUAUGCCAUUGGGACAUACUAUGAUUCUAAUGCAACAUGGGUCCCGGAUAACCCUAAAAUUGAUGUUGGGAUCAGUACCGGUUUGAGAUAUGAUUACGGCAAAUAUUAUGCGUCUAAGACGUUUUACGAUCAACAUAAGAGACGGAGAAUCUUGUGGGGUUGGAUCGGUGAAUCUGACAGCGAAGCAGCUGAUGUACAAAAGGGCUGGUCUUCCGUUCAGGGAAUCCCAAGAACUGUUGUCUUGGACACAAAGACAGGAAAGAACUUAGUCCAAUGGCCGGUUAAAGAAAUCGAAUCUCUGAGAUUGAGCAGCAAGAAAUUCCACAUGAAGGUUGAACCAGGGACGGUGGUUCCGGUCGAUGUGGGUCCUGCAGCUCAGCUAGACAUAGAGGCUGAGUUCAAGAUCAAGAAGGACGAUCUCGAAGUAAUUCUUGGAGAUGAUUCCGUGGAAGACGACAAGGAAUUCAGCUGCCAAACCAGUGGUCUCUCCACCGUACGUGGGGCUUUAGGACCUUUCGGAUUCUCGGUUCUCGCCGACCAAAGCUUGUCGGAGCAAACUCCGGUUUACUUUUAUGUGACUAAGGGAAAAGAUUCAAAACUCAGAGCUUUCUUGUGCACUGACACUUCAAGGUCGACCAAGGCAAACGAUGUGGUGAAACCGGUAUAUGGAAGCUUCGUACCGGUCCUAAAAGGAGAGAAAUUGACCAUGAGAAUCUUGGUGGAUCAUUCGAUAGUAGAAGCAUUCGGACAAGGUGGAAGAACAUGUAUUACUUCUAGAGUAUAUCCGACAAAAGCCAUUUACGGAGCUACAAAGCUCUUCUUGUUCAACAAUGCCAUUGAUGCGACCGUUACGGUGUCGUUUAAGGUUUGGCAAAUGAACAGUGCUUUUAUUCAUCCUUAUUCUGCGGAGGAUCUUGGUGUUUCUUCUCGCACCUGAUUAUUUAAAAGUGAUAAGGAAGUAAUAAGGGAUUUUUUUAUCUUAUGCUUUUUAAGGUCUUUUGAUUGUUGUAAUGUAAUGGGUCCGACUUCAUUUGUGUGAUUGAUUCAUCAUGUGAGUGAAGAGAAGAAAAUGAAAUUAUUUUCUCAUUUUUU